AUUAAGUACUAAGUGCACUCCGUCUUGUUUGUUAGAUAUUACGGCGUGGUUUUAACGAUGCCUGGAAAAGUUAAAGUGCGGAUUGUGUCAGCUCGUGAUUUACCAGUAAUGGACAGAACUAGUGACUUAGCAGACGCUUUUGUCGAGAAAGGUGUGAAAUUGAAAUAUCGAAUGAUUUGGAUGUCAAAGCUGAUAAUGGAUCAUGAUACAGUCACUGCACAUGACGCUAUAGGAAAGGUUAAUAUUAGUCUUAGCUCUCUAUUGACCCAGGAUCCUCCAGGCUGUAUAAAGGGUUGGUUUCCUAUCUAUGAUACAAUGCAUGGAAUUCGUGGUGAACUACUCAUACAAGUAAAAGUAGACUUCUUUGUAGAUUCCAAUAAGUUCAGGCAAACAUCAUGUGGGGUUCAGUUUUUCUACACAUGUUCUAUACCUACAAGAUUUAAAGCAACUGCCAUUCAGGGUUUUGUUGAAGAACUUGUUGUUAAUGAUGACCCAGAAUAUCAGUGGAUAGAUAAAAUAAGGACACCAAGAUCAUCAAAUGAGGCUCGUCAAAGGAUAUUUACCAAACUAUCAGGAGAACUUCAGAGAAAAAUUGGUUUAAAAGUAUUGGAGCUCGGGGGGAAUGCAGUGAUUGGGUAUCAUCAGUGUUUUGAUCUUGAGGGUGAGUUUGGUAUAGUUGUAAGAGGAAUUGGUACUGCUGUUACUUUGACAUGGAUAACAAGUUCAGACUAUCCCACACCAAAUUAUCCAUUAAGUUCUUCUGGAGAAUUGGAACCUGGUCUUGCAAAUGAGACAGGGUUUACAUUUCCAGAGGCACUCAAAAGACAACAUAAAAUUUCAACUGAAUCUGAGCCAGAAGUUGUUACACCUCCAAAGGAUAACUUAAAUGUUCCCGGUGUUUUGGCAGAAAACCAAAACUUAACACCGUACAGUGUUGCAAAGGGAGUAUGGAAUGGACCAAAGCAAAAGACCAUUGAACAAAUAGACCUACCCUUCUUUACAAUUACUCGAUAUCCCAGGGGGUUCUUACAUCACAUUGGUGGGGUGGUGUCAGCAAGAUCAGUAAAACUUUUGGACAAAAUCAAUCAUCCAGAUGAACCUGAAACAAGGGAUGCUUGGUGGUCAGAAGUAAGAACAGAAAUACGCAGUCAUGCCAGAGCAAUGGGCUGCAAUGCAGUUAUUGGAUACUAUGAAUCAACAAGCAUUUGUGAUGAAUUGAUUGUUCUCUCAGCAACUGGGACAGCAUCUUGUGUUGAUUUGAAGACAUUUGAUCAGCCAUACACAACAGUUGAAYCAGGACUUUUGAUGACAAAACCAGCUUCUAAUCCAGCUGUUGGUGACGGUGAUCAGUUGUUAGUAAUACAGACAGAUUUACCUGAAAGUCCUGUAACUGAAGGAUUCCCAACAGCUGAAGAAUCAACUUAUUCCACAUCACCAGUCCUUGGCUGUUCUUUGUGCCAUAUUCCUUACUCAGACUCUGACUUACCAUUUCCAAUUAAUUUAGCUAAAUGCCAUCUCUGCAGAUUUCAUAAAGUUCCUGAUGUAAUAUUUUCAACAACUGAACUUCCUAAAGAGGCUGUUGUAAAAGGCAGUGGUUGUUUAAUCCAGGCCAGAGUUUGCAGAACAAAAAAGAAAGAAAAGGGAGAAGCAAAUGCAGAGAUUGUUAGCAAUAUUCUUCCAUUCUUAGAAUAUGAGCUUCAUCAGCAAUUAAUGAAUAAGUUAAAGUCAUCCACAGCAGUGUACCUGUCUGCUCUCCCACCACCACCAUUACUUAAGAUCUCUGGAAAGCGUUCUACUUCAGAUGAAGACAAACGUCUGACUGAAAUACAGAAACAAAUCAUAGAAACUACUAACAAGAAUAAAGUGCGAUUUAGGAUUUCUUCUUCAUUGACCCAAGAAGCUCUGUAUACACCCCCACCAAGUCCUUCACAACCAAGCCCCAAUAAUAUGUAUACCCAUGAGGACCUCCCUCACUCUGCUCUUGAUUUUACCAAUGGUGGAAAGGAUGCUUUUGUUGUCGAGGUUGACGAUAAGAAAGAUGAGGACGUCGUUACUGUACUGCUAGAUCCUCCAACACCAGAAGGUUUCUAUUGCUGUAAUACUGAAACUCUACCUGGGUUUUCCCGAGUCAAAUCUGGUGUCAAGAUGAUAACCGCAAUGCAGAGACACGCACUGAGCGAUGAAGAUAUCAGAACAAAUCAACAGUUCGCAAAGAUGUUUGAUGACACAAUGAAGAGUUUCUGGUUUAAACUUCGUCACUUGAAUCCUUGCUGUUUGUCAAACCUUCGUUUUGAUGURGAAAUACCAGAAGAUGAUAACAUACAGUUUGCAGUUUCUGGCAUAGUCGUUAAACUAGAUCAGCGGGCUCAAAAUGAGCUAAUGGAACAAGAAAGCACAAGCACAAAGGAGAGUACUGAAGAAUUAUUGUUCCCUAUUGAGGAAGUAGAAGAUGCUCGUAAAAUAUCUCCAGUACCAAUAUCUGAAACUGGAAAGAUAACUCUAGAAAACAAAAUACGACGCAAUCCAAAGUCGGCGUACUGUCCAGCUGUGGAGGUUACACCUAUGUCUUACCUGCCAAAUGCACAAAUAGAACGUUACCUUGGAAACGUCAAUCUUUUCUUUAUUCGAGAAAGUCUGUCAGUUCGAGAGGAUGGUGGUUUAAAUGUAUUCAUGCAAGUGUUCUUGGCUGAGGCACAAGCCAUUCUCAGAGCACACGUUCAGGCCCUUGGUGGAAAUGCUCUUGUUUCAUAUCAAUUAAAUGAGAUAGUGUUGCUAGACAACCCACAUAAACAUCAGGGCCAAUGUCUUCUAAAUGUGAGCGGCGAUGCUGUUGAGGUAUCUUAUACUAACGAAGACUUUGGUGACAGCUUUGGGCGCGUUUCAAUAAGAAAYCAAAGAACAAUAUCAUUCUCCGAAUCCAAUCCUCAUUCACCAGUCAAGUUAUCCCGUCAGAGGUCCGCCACAGACGGUACCAUGUUUGAUCCUCCUUAUGGAACUGAAAUCUGAAUUGCCCUAUUCGCCUUGCUUUCUGYAUUUCUGCAGAUAUUUUACACAUUUGGGUAUUGUCUGUUAAUAUAUGAUCAAUAAAUGAGAUUGUAAAUUAUAUUUAUUUGAUAGUAAAAAUUUCCCGUUGAUGUCAA